GUUGGAUUAUGUGCUUCAGUGCUCAGAUGGAGUUUGAAUGCGCCACUUGUUUUGUUUUCCGUUGCGUUAGCCUGGUGAAAAGCCGGUAAUUUGCUACGACGUUUCACCUUGAACGUGGUUCGCUGUAACACAGAAUCCACACUGGCGUCCUUGCGUGCACGUCUCCCGUCUGUUUUUUUUCUGUCUGGUUACAUGAUUCAUGGAAAGUGUUAGCACUGUAAGUUACAUCCAGUGCAGACUCGCCGCGCAACUGGAAUCAUCGUAACCGAGGAAAGAAAACUAACGGAUCAGAAACAGCGGGCUCACUGGCAGUUUCUAAUACACCGGAUUCAACUAAUUUAUAUGGAGAAGUAUUUACCGAUUGAAAACACACCGGACGAACUCAAUUAGUGAAACAGUAAUAACAACUGUCAAAUCCUUCACCUUUAAAAAGAAAUCUAAUUCAGUCAACCUCGGUCACCAAAUGGGCUGAGCCACACGCCAGCUACCCAAUCGCCUGGCGGCUAUUCCAAUGAGCUGAGUUAUAAAACUAACUGUUUGAAAGCCGAAAGUGUGGCGUUUGGUUACCGAGAGCAGACGCGUUGUACAGCUCAGAGGAGCACCAUCGUAAUGGCUACAAUGUGGAGUGUUGUACUUGUUGCAAUGAUCGCAUCGGUGUCGUCCGAACGCUACACAGCUGAAAUAAACAUGGGAAAGGUUCUGGGGACAGUAGAGUUUAACAAAACUUCCCAGAAGAUAACCAUAAAUCUGUCGACUGAUUGCGCCCAAGUUGAUAUUUCAAUACACGAAUUCCCGGUCAUGUACGGCAAUUCCAAGGAUCCCUGCAGCGAAGCGAACGUAGGUGAGAAAAUCUACGGGUUCAUAGCAAACAGUACGACCGAGACUCUGGCGGACAACAAGUUAUUUCAGAUGAAGUCCGACCUCUCCGAUCUGUCCCUCGUCAUCGCGGGCUGUCGGAAUGGAAGCAAAGCGUGCGCUACUCUAAAGAAAGACGUGUCUACCAAUACCUGGCAGGGGAAGUUUUUUUCUUCGGUAGCCGGGGAUGUGUACAUCCGUCAAAACGACGGGGAGAGCACGGCGAGGGUACUGGCUAACCUGAUGGUGAUCAAUGAUAGCCUUGGGCAGAUGAACGUGACUCUCUACCUGCAAGAUGGGGCUACCAGCUGUACCGCAGCGGCACAGAACAGUGGGCAAAGCAAUAGGUUCUUACUCGGCAUUUUCAAAGUUGGCACUCCUCUGAACCAUGUUAAAAGCCGCAUUGACGGAGUCACUUUACCCGGCGGCAGUCCCAAACCCUUAUUGUACAUGUACGACGGGGCGGCGUGGUCUUGCGCUGAAGUUCAGAGGAUGGAAGCCAAGCAGGUGUGGGCUUACAUGGAUAUGAAAGGUGUGAAAGGAACUUUCAAAUUUCGCCAAGUUUCUCCCUUUGAUGUCACCAACUACUAUGUCUCGCUGAUGAACCUGAGGUCCAUGGCCAGUGCUUACCACGUACACAAUUUCCCAUUGCCUCAGCGACGCACCACAUUGGAUAACCUGUGUGGUAACGAUAAUCUAGGAGGGCACUUGGAUCCUUUUGGGAAGAAGCCAUCCGGUUCUUAUCCCCAGAGUAUGAACGAAACUCAGGAUCAAUAUGAAAUAGGGGACUUGAGUGGAAGGCAUGGCUUUAUGAAAGGACUGGACACGUUUGAAGAGCAUUUUAAGGACUGGAAUCUUCCAUUGUUUGGGAAAAAUAGCAUUAUUGGCCGUUCGGUAGUUGUCCAUUACCCCAACUCUACUAGGUGGGUGUGUAGUACAAUCGGAUAUCCUGGUGAAGUCCUUAGUGCUGAGGCCAUAUUUAAGGGCCCAGUGUCUGGAAGAAUCGUUUUUCGACAACUGAAGAGCAACCCCUAUUCAGACUUGUCCAUUUUUAUGGACCUUUCCUAUACAAACUCAUCCUCUACGCCAACAUAUGAUCACCUCUGGUACAUUCAUGAAUACCCCAUAAGCUCUGAGUUGGAUUCCGAUACAAACGCUUGCUUAAGCACCAAGGGACAUUUCAAUCCUUUCAAAGUAGAUGUUGGAAGCAACUAUAAUAUUGAGUGUAGUCCAGACAGCCCUUUCCGAUGUGAAGUUGGAGACUAUGCUAAAAAACAUAAAGCAAUAAUGCUGACCAACAAUGUCAAAGCAGUUGUCAGUAAGAAUUUCUUUACUGACACCACUUCAUCCCUUGCUGGGCCAUUGAACAUUGUUCCUCGAUCAUUGGUCAUUCUUGGGAAAAAUCUCUUAAUCCAACCUUUAGCUUGUGCUAAUGUAACCAUACUUCGCCUAGCUUCUGUGGAAACUAAUUUGUGGAAAGGCAUUGGAAAAGUUAAUGGAAAGAUUGCUUUCAAACAAUCUUCAGAUUUAGACCUCACUGUUGUGGACGUUAUGUUAACAGAUCUGAAUAACAAGACUGAAACUUAUGGCAUCCACACACUUCCCAUCAAAACUGACUCUCCCAAUGCAGAUUCUUGUUCUGUUACUAGCGUUGAAGGCCGCUACAACCCUUUCAAUGUGAAUGGAUCUUUGUCACCCGAACCAGGCAAUGGUACAGUUGAUCAGUAUGAAGUUGGUGAUAUCAGUGGGAAAUUUGGGACACUAAAUGGUUUAAACCAAACUGAAAUAUAUAUGGACAUGAACAUGCCCUUGUUUGGACCUCACAGUAUUGUAAGACGUUCGCUGGUUGUUUAUCAAGACAAUGGAUCACCUUUGCGAUGUGCAAAUCUGUUACCUGUGAAGGCUGCAAAAGGAGAGUUUAUUCAAGCCAACGUUUCCUUCAAUGGUGUGGUGACUGGAAACAUUACGCUGUGGCAACAGGUCUUCCCAGAUGGGAGUUCAAGUGACACAACUAUGACUAUAGACCUUAAACCAACUGACCCAAACGCAGGUGGUAUGGAACAUCUAAUGUGGCACGUUCAUACUAAUCCGCUACAAUCUCCCGGAAACUGCAGUGGAUUAGGAGGACACUAUAAUCCUUACAACAUUGACACCAAGGAUGGCUAUAAGAACAGCUGCUCAUUAAGUUAUCCCUUGCACUGUGAGGUGGGAGAUUUAAAUUCCAAACAAGGUCCAAUAAGUCUUGGGAUGAGAUAUUUGAAGACCGAUGUCAGUCUCCCUUUAACUGGAGAUUUUACUGUUGUGGGCAGAUCAGUGGUAAUUCACAAUAACGAUCACAGUAAAAGCUUGAAGGACUGUGCUGACAUUGUUGCUGUUUCUUCAAUGAAGUCAUUAACUUUUCCAAAUGUAAACCCAUUUAGCAGAUAUGAAUUCCGCAGUACUGUUGCUGAGGCUCUUGGAAUUGCGCCCUGGAGAGUAACAAUUUUCCCAGGGGGCCCAUCUGCAGCCACUGUAACAGGAUGCCAGCAAAUCACUUUCUACGUGGCAGGAAAUGUUGAUACAACCAAAAUGGACAAUUUAGAGAAAAAUGAUAAAAUGGGUAAAUUCAAGGCCUCCAAAUCAUGCACAGCAGAUUCGAGUGGGACAAAUCCCGGCCUAUUCCUGAAUGCCAAACAGUUUGUAUUCUGGAUACUGACUCUGAUGUUGCAGCUUGCCCUCUACUCUGUAUUUGAAUAGUUGCAAUGGAAAUUGUGAGAGCCAUUUGCUUCAGAACCUCCAACUGGUCUAAAACAAAAUUGAGUAACGCAUUUAAACAAAUCCAGGGGUUUACUUUCAUCGACAUCUUUAGAUGGCACCACAUGGUCCGUUCUUAGAUUUGCACUUUAUUUUUCUAUGAAUCAUUGUGUAUUGCCUUAAAAUUAGGAUCUUUCAAAUGACAGCAUGUGAAUACUUCACGUCCUGCUAUUUAAAAGAAGUUGGACAAUGGCUCCAUUGAAACAAUAAAUAAGUAUCAAUGGGGAGAAUUUUGUCCUGGCUCACAUAUGCUUAACACAACAGAAUUGCAAAGGAGAGUUGGACUCCACUUCUAUUCCAUUGAUUGAAGUGAAACCAAACUAUUAUAGUGAAGCACAAAGUGUAGUUGUUUCUCUAGUUUAGCCCAUGUGACCAAGGUCAAAUUUCUAUCCCAUGUCACCAUUAUAAGGAUAUGUACACUAAUAUUCAAGAGCAUAAUCUUAAGGCAUCAGUGGUCAAAGGUGUCAAAAAUAAUGAACUCAAAGGAAUUACUUUGGUAAAUAUUCUGCAAAACGACAUGCAAAACACAUUCUUGAAUAAAAUUCAAGACCAUAUUCAAAUUGUACAUUAUAUACAUACGUGGAAAUUUGACAUAAUCUUUACAUCAUGCGAAUUUGGUAUAUUUACAUCUUAACCCGUACUGGUAGAAAUAAUAGACCAUCAAGACAAUAAAGUUCACUUUGAACUGUGGAAAAUUAGAUUGCUUACAUGAAACCCCUUUACAAAGAGCCUCCUUCAUUAACUUUCCCUGGGUUUUUCUAUUGUUCUUUCAUCACCAUUUGAUACAUUUGUCCAUUUCUUUAUUGUCACCAUCUCCUCUUCAACAGCUUCAGGGCAAAGCACUGGACAUCUGACUUGGGUCCGUACUCUUAAUCUACAUACCUGACUCAUCCUUGGUGCUCCCCACCUGAAACUAGUGACCCUCUCCCAAUACUGCCCCAUGAUCUCACCCCUGACUUGAUUAGCCCCAACACAGACUAACCUCUUAAGAAGACCCUCUGAAGAAGCGUCACCCGUUCCUUUUCUCCAGAGAUGCUGUCUGUCCCGUUGGUUACUCAAGCACUUUGUGUCUAUUUUCAGUUUAAACCAGCAUCUGCAGUUCCCUCCUACAUCUGGCCUCUUAACUGCCCGAUACAACUACCAUCAUUGCCCACCACUACUGACUUCUUCCUAGUCCCACCACCAAUCUGCAGCAGCUAGCCCUAUCCCUAAUAUCCCAAAGAACCCUCUAAUCGACCCCUUUACUUACAGGGAUAGCAUGUGUGGUUAAUUCUAUUUGGUCCUGUUUAAAUAAUUAUUAGUAUAGUUUAGAGAUACAGCGUGGAAAGAAGCCCUUCGGCCCACCGAGUUCGCUCUGACCAGUGAUCUCCGUCCAUUAACAUUAUCCUACAUGCACUAGGGACAAUUUAUACCAUACCAAGCCAAUUAACUGACAAACCUGUAUGUCGUUGGAGUGUGGGAGGAAACUAAAGAUCUCGGAAAAAACCCACGCGAUCACAGGGAGAAGGUACAAACUCCAUACAGACCUACGGGAUUGAACCCGGGUCUCCUAUGCUGCAAGCACUGUAAGGCAGCAACUAGACUGCUGCGCCACCGUGCUGCCAAACCUAUUUGUCCAUGUGCCCCUCUGUUACACCCCCCACCCUAACUUGCCCCCUCCCUCCCCCUCCACAUAUUUGUGAGAAGGUUUUGGAAAAUCACUUGCAAUUACUCGUGACCUCUUUCAUCUUUAUUCCACUUUGAUUAUCCUUUUAUUUCUGUUGUUUGUAAAUGCACCUUCCCUUUCCACUUGUAUUUUUCACAGCCCUUUCAAUCUCUCUUUGAAGACAACAUAAUCCAAAUAUCUACCAUUAUUUAACAGUUGAUCCCCAGGAAUACUGUCAGCAAAUAUUGCCAUUUAGAUCUGAAACAAAAAUUUGCAAUUUUGGAAUAAAAAAGACACAAAGUGCUGGAGUAAUUCCACGAGUCAGGCAGUAUCCCUGGAGAACAUGCAUCGGUGACCUUCGGGUCGGGACCCUGCGUCAGACUGAUUUUACAUUUGUGAAUCCUGUCAUUUGAAUGCAGGAAAUCUGUUUAUUUGUCAGGAAACCACUGCUUAUAAUACUGUCCUGUUCAUACAAUAUUUAUUCAUAACAGUAAUAAAUUAUAUCCUGGGGGAAUUCAUGUAAGAAUUAAAUCAAGCUGAAGCAACCAGGAACCAUUGUAUAAUUUGAUAUAUCAUCUGACAAGUGCAAGUUAUUUCGACAGAUUUAUGUAUAUAUUUACCAAAUUACCUUUGAGAUCAUUGCAGAUUUAUCAUUAUUGUCAAUGUUUUUCUUUUAACUUCAUUUGCUGCAUAAACAUGAGCGCACGUUACAUUUUAAAAUUGAUGUUGUGUCAUCCAAAACUAAUUACUUGGGUCAUCAGAUUGUGUGUACAGUCUUGAAUUUAAAAAAAAUGUAGAUUAGAAAAUUACAGUUUUCAUGGCAAGGCAUUCAAAGUUGAUUAGGCCUAAAGAGCCAGUUUGAAUUAGUUUAUCUGUGUAUUGGUAUGUGGCUUUCUAGAGAGACAAUGGGAUAUAACCUGUAUUGUGAUAAUCUAUGUAUUGGAUGAUAUGGAUGUCAAAUGGCAUUUAAAUAGCUGGUGAAAUUGGGAAGUACAUCCUGUGAGUGACUAAAUCUGAAUUUAUGCCAGGCCAUAUGUCGAUCAGUUAAGCUUGUGCUUAAUUUCCAACUGUUAUCAAAUUUGUUGCUCCUUUCUUGCCAGGCCAGAGGCUGGGUAUUUUGGAGUGACUAUCCUGACUCACUAAAGCUUAUCUGCCAACCUAAAGUAUGAGUGAGAACAUGGUAGAGUGUCUGCCUGGAACAUCUGGUUCAGCAAUGCUCAGGAAGCACAGCAUCAUCAACCUCAUGCAUCUCUAUUGACUGGCAAUUACCUCCACCACUUCCUUCAUCAUUAACACUGUCUACCAUACAUACUGCAACUUGUCACCAAGACCCCUUCCCCAGUACCAUCUCCACUUGCAACAUCUCAAGAAACAAAGUCAGUGAGUAUAUGAGAGAAAAACUAUCGCAAUAACCCCUCCAAGUUACACAUGAUACUUGAAACAGAGCACCAUUCCUUCAUUGUUACUGGUUAUAAAUAUAUUCAUGAAAAGAACUGCAGCAGGCAGCUCACUAUCCUUCCCAUCAGCUCUGUACAUUUCCAUGCCUCUAGUUUCCUUCUCACCUGACUCUCAAUCUGAAGAAGGGUCUCGACCCAAAAUGUCUCCUCUUCCUUCUCUCCAGGGAUGCUGCCUAACCCGCUAAGUUACUCCAGCAUUUUGUGUCUAUCUUCACUAUCCCCCCCCCCCCCCCC